CCCGCACAAUGUAGCGGCCGCGCCGCAUCAUAGAUGCACGACGUAAAUAACUUUUAUCGCCCAAUCGAGAGACCUCGUAAAAAGUGUCUCCCGUAACUGUCGCAUUAUUUUAGAAGAGGAGACUUUUGUAUUCUGUUGCAAUAAACUUGUGCCGUAGUUUCGUAUCAUCGCGCGCUAUCGGGACGUUUCAAGCUGUUAAAACUUUUCCGUGAGAGCAAAUCACAGUUUCUGCAGCGUGUAUAAAUUUUAUCACUCAUAUUAUCGUUCGCAAUUUUAUUGUAUAAAGCGGUGUGAUAAAAAUAUUCGUAGGGACGCGCGCUAACGUAACAGUGACGUUCAAGUCUGUGCCGGGACACGUAGAAGUAUAUUGAUGGUGUGUACUUCCGUGCUAAACGCGUAAUUUUGUACUGUGUAGUAUAAAACGUUGUGAUGUGGCGAGCCGGCGUGGAAGGCGCCAGGGUAAAAGGCUAUGAGGAUGGGCCGUAAAAGUGAGUUAUUAUCGGGCAAGAUGCUCCUGACGUUUUACGUCGCGCUUCUGCUGUGGAGGUUCGACUGUGUCGUCGAAAGCACCAAAGUGAUAAAAAGCGGUAUGCGGCACCAGACCACGUCGUCGUUUAGUCGCGUGGGCCCUACGGUGUCGCUGCGGGACGCCGAGCCGGAUUUUGCGGGGCCCAUCCAGAACGUCACUGUGGCCCUCGGCAGGGAGGCUGUUCUUACUUGUUCUGUCACUGACUUGGGAGAUUAUAAGGUUGCUUGGAUCAAAGCAGACGACCAGACGAUCCUCACUCUUCACACGCGUCUGGUAACACACAGCUCACGCUACGCGGUUACCAACGACUCGCCGCGCUUGUGGCAACUCCACAUCAGGCCUCUGAAAGUUGAGGAUCGAGGGUGCUACAUGUGCCAGAUCAAUACCAGCACUAUGAAGAAACAGAUUGGUUGUGUUGAUGUUUUAGUGCCACCGAAUAUAAUAGACGAGGGCACGAGUGGCGACAUCGUGGCAACAGAAGGAGAGAACGUGAGCCUCUCUUGCAAAGCUGACGGAAGACCGUUGCCCCGCAUCCUGUGGCGGAGAGAGGACGGGACUAACAUCCAGCUGAGGAAUGAGGCUGGAGAACUCCACAAAGUGGAUAUGUACAUGGGCCCAAAUCUUAACCUGACGCGGGUGGAGCGAAGGCAGAUGGGGGCUUACCUGUGCAUCGCCUCUAACGAUGUGCCUCCGUCCGUCAGCAAGCGCAUCAUGCUCAGUGUCAACUUUCCGCCGACAAUGAUGGUGGCGAGGAAGGUGAUAGGAGUCCCCACCGGGGCCCAGGUGCGCCUCGAGUGCGCCGUUGAGGCGUACCCUAAGGCGAUCAACUACUGGCUCAAGAGCGAGGAGGCCAUGAUACUUGCUGAUAACAAACACGAGAUAUCAGAAGAGCGCUUAUCAGCAUAUCAAGUGAGAGCGGUGCUGACAGUCAAGCUGUUUAGUGGAGAAGACACCGGCACUUACACCUGCGUGUCUUCCAAUACGAUGGGCAAGGCCGAAGGGACGAUACGGCUUUACGAAAUAAAAGUAACGACAACGACAACCACAACAACGACGACGACCACUACGACAACCACCACCACAACUACCACCCUACCUCCGACUACUACUACCGAAUAUACACCACCACCUAGGUAUGUGGUCCCUUUACAACCUGCCGAGCAGAAGUUUUACACACCAGAUGUCACCACGUAUGAUACAAUGCAAAAUGUUAUAGAACAGUCCGUUCUUGACAACAACUGGUUGCCAACUGCCGAAUCAACGGGCUCCAGCGGCCAUCAAGCCUUGCCUCUCCCCACUCUGGCACUAAUCUCAGUAUUGCCGUAUAUAAAUAAUUUUUUUCUUAGUAAUUUAUUCGCCUUCUUGUAUGCUGUUAGAAACCAAAUUAGCAUUAAAAUUGUACAAAACGUGAGGUGAUAAGUUUGAAUCUUUAAGGAAACGUGUCAAUUUUAGUUAAUCAUUAAACAUGCGUUUUAUGAAGGCUCAUGCCUCUAGCGGCAAUACUCAACAAUAUCAUUUGACUUUUAUCGUCAACUCGUACUAAUUAGUCGUAACUUAAUUCACGUACAUAUGCUACUAAAUAAAUUAAAGUUAUGUGAAAAAAUGUGAUAGAUUUAAUUAAAUUACUAUAAGUAACAAAAACAGUUUGUUGGAAUGUUUAAAUUUUGUUUGUUUUUUGUGUGUAGGUACUCUUGAAGCAGAUAAAUACCAACCGACGUGAAAUGCAAAAUGUUGACUCCGCGAUGUCUCUAAUCGUAAUGAUCGCAUUGAUACAUUCAACUCAUUAAAACUACUAGUCAGUUCUGCAUCUGCAUAAUAUUUGCCUCCUUUCCCAUAGACUUAACACGGUGACCUUUGGACUCAAUUAUGUCAGGUUACAUGUCAAAAUUCAAAAUUUGGGCUUCGUCACGACCUGUGAUUUUUAAUGCUAAAUUUAAAAUUGUAUUUUUAUGCUAGUUUCAAAUUUCAUGCAUGUUGGUUAAGGAAUUCCGUUCGGAAAUAGUGCAAUUUGAGUGGAUGCCAAGGAAGCUUCGAUAAUUUCGCAAUACCAAAAUGGGUAUAUUUUACAAAUUUUCUUCAUUUUUCUCUUACCAAGUUGCUCAUUUCUAGACAGCGCAUUUUAAAUCUACAUAAAUAAGAUGUAUACUUAACGAAUAAUGUUAUCAAACCGAAGCGCUCUUAGUACCUUAAAAUAAUUGUCUCGCCACAUUCAGGUAAUCACGAAAAGCAUAUCAGUACUCUGAUUCAUUGUACAAACAUAUAUAACUGUACAUGUACAUACAUAAAAUACUUAUUAAGUCUUAAUGUAAUUAUUAUAACACGAAAUAGUGAACAUAUUUCUUAUAUUACCAAAUUUCUAAGUUCUUUCGUACUUAUUAUAAUUAAAGAUUUGUUAUUAAACUAACUCCAAACAUUUUCAAUCAUAAAAUUGUUAUUUAUGGGCUCCACAAACCAAUCAUUGAUCAGUUCGGUUUUUGUGUACAAUUGACAACACCGUCAAGUGCAGUUUUACUUAUUUUGUUAAACUUAGGUUAAGCCACAUUGAGACGUUGUUGGCGAUUGGUAUUUUGAUUAAACAAAGCACAGCAAUUUUUAUGAGAAUGCUUUUGUAACUUUAAUUUGAACUAUCAGUUUCCUGAACAAGUGUUUGGCGAUGUCCCGUACUGGGUACAAAAAUUUCGGAGAACGAAACCACGAAAUAUUCAUCGGGCUACGAGAAACUUGAGUUUGAUUGCAGUGCUUCGUUUUAAAAUAGAAUUAGUACUUAUUCAAUGCUAUGUUGUAAAUUAGAAGGGUACGAAACUUAGUGUGGGUUUGUGUGGUCCUUCCUUAUUGUAUAUUGUUUUGUCAAUGCGAAAUGCCUAUUGCCGCUUACUGCCAGCCAAUGCGUUUCAACCUUGUCGGUAUUCGUGGUUUAUUUGUAAUGGUUACUGUGAGAAUUAGCUAUAUCAUUAAUUCUCAUUGCGAUAAAGCCACGAGGCGAGUUAAUAUUCAAAGUGAUCUUACUAGCCAUUUCAAUAUUUACAAUUGCGAAUGAGAUACGAUAAUAAGAAAUUAUUUUAUAAAAUAUGUAUUGCUAAUUGAAAAUGAUUUUGUACACCGACUGUAGACCCCAAAAUUUCGUUGUUAAGCGUUAUUUAGUUAUAGGUGGAAUGUUAUGUAAAUAUUAUCGGUACAUUAGAUGUAAUUUUAUUAUUAUGAAUUUAGGUGCCCAAGUUUUACCGCUCGGUACCUAUCACGAAAUGAUGAUUGUAAAUAUAAGAAUAUCAAUAAAACAG